AUGCAGCUGACCAGUAGUAGGCUGCAGGGGGCCACGGAGCGCAUCGGCGCGCACGCCCCGGCGCAGCGGGGCAGCCGCCCGCGCGCUGGCGCCAGCUACGCAGGCAGCGUCGGCCUCGCCCCUUGCACGGCACGGGCUGCCUGGCACCAGCCCAACCCGCUGCCGUCGCCCCAGCGCCAGUGCCUGCACAGCCCCCGUCGCAGCAUGUCGGCCCGCUGCGCCGCCACCCCGGACGCCUCGUCCCCCGCCCCGACGGCGCCCGCCGACCCCGGCGCGCAGCGCGCCGCGCCGCUCGGUGCGCGGCUCGGCGCGGCCUACGACUCCCUCUCAAACAUGCCGGACUGGGCCGCCAAGGGCCGCCGGGCGGGCGUGAUCCUGCACCCCACCUCGCUGCCCGGCCCCUACGGCAUCGGCGAGCUCGGGCCCGAGGCGCUGGCCUUCCUGGACUGGCUUGCCGCCGCCGGCAUGCAGUGCUGGCAGGUGCUGCCGCUAGUGCCGCCGGACCCCGAGUACUUCUCUCCCUACUCCGGCCUCGACGCCAACUGCGGCAACCCCCUCCUCAUCAGCCUGGAUGCCCUAAUAACAGAGGGCCUGCUUGCAAAGUCCGACGCCCCCGCGGGCCUCAAGGCCAGCGGCGACGUCGACUUCGCCGCUGUCGCGGCCGCCAAGCUGCCGCUGCUGUCCAAGGCCGCGCAGGCGCUGCUGACCGAGCCGCGCUUCGCGGCGCUGCGCGCGUCGCUCAAGCGGUUCCGGGCGUCCAACCCCUGGAUCGAGGACUCCGCGCUGUUCGACGCCCUCCGGAAGCGGCCUGACCUCGAAAACAAGGAGUGGUGGUUCUGGCCGGAGCCGCUGCGGCUGCGGGAGGCGGGGGCGAUCAAGAAGGCGCGCGCGGCGCAUGCCGCAGAGAUCGACGAGUUCGUGGCCGUCCAGUUCCU